UGUCUGAUGUUUACACAGAUGAAACAGUGACGAUAUCAGUCAUGGAGGGAGAUUCUGUCAUUUUAAACACUGAUGUUACUGAACUACAGAGAGAUGAUCAGAUACUGUGGUCAUUUAGACUUCAGAAUUCAGAGACUCGUAUUGCUGAAAUCUAUAAACAGAUCAUCUCUAUAUAUGCUAGUGGUGAGAAUGAGAGAUUCAGAGACAGACUAAAGAUAGAUGAACAGACAGGAUCUCUGACCAUCACAAACAUCAACAGACUACACUCUGGACUUUAUAAACUACAGAUCAUCAGUGGAGUGAUCAAACACAUGAGCUUCAGGAUUGCUGUCUAUGGCAUUCUGCCUGUUCCUGUCAUUAUCAGAGACUCUUCACACAAUUUUUCUUCAUCAUCAGGAUCUUCAGUGUCCAGAUGUUCACUGCUGUGUUCAGCUGUGAAUGCGAGUGAUGUGACUCUCUCCUGGUACAAAGGAAACAGUUUAUUGUCCAGCAUCAGUGUGUCUGAUCUCAGCAUCAGUCUCUCUCUACCUCUGGAGGUGGAAUAUCAGGAUAAAAACACCUACAGCUGUGUGCUCAACAAUCCCAUCAGCAAACAGACCAAACAUCUGGACAUCAUUGAAGUCUGUCAGACACCUUCAGAAUCCAGCCAGUCUUCAUUUCUCAUUGUAGUAUUUCUGCUGUUGCUGCUGCUG